AUGAACUGCAAUAUAGGCCAAAGGGAGAAGUUGCAGGGAGAAGGUGAUUGUGUUUGCAAGUGUCUUAGCAGAAGUUCUCCUUGCCGGAUGUCUUCAGGUGCAUUGUUUCCAAGCCUGGUGCCAGGCUCCCGUGGCUCUUCCAGCAAAUACCUGGUGGAAUUUCGGGCAGGAAAGAUGUCCCUGAAAGGCAGCACUGUAACCCCAGACAAGAGAAAAGGCCUCGUUUACAUCCAGCAAACUGAUGAUUCCCUCAUUCACUUUUGCUGGAAAGACAGGACUUCAGGCAAUGUUGAAGAUGAUUUGAUUAUUUUUCCUGAUGACUGUGAAUUCAAGAGGGUACCUCAGUGUACUACUGGUCGUGUGUAUGUGUUGAAGUUCAAAGCAGGAUCAAAACGACUCUUCUUCUGGAUGCAGGAGCCGAAGACAGAUAAAGAUGAAGAACACUGCCGUAAAGUGAAUGAGUAUCUUAACAAUCCCCCAAUGCCUGGUGCUUUAGGUGGUAACGCAAGUGGAGGCCAUGAACUCUCAGCAUUAGGAGGUGAGGGUGGCUUGCAAAGCCUUCUUGGAAACAUGAGCCAUAACCAGCUCAUGCAGCUGAUCGGACCAACGGGCUUAGGAGGACUUGGUGGGCUGGGUGCACUGACAGGUCCUGGACUGGCUAGUUUACUUGGAAGUGGGGGACCCCCGACCAGCAGUUCAUCAUCAAGCUCUCGCAGCCAGUCAGCUGCUGUGACACCAUCUUCCACGACUUCUUCUACACGUGUAACGCCUGCCCCGUCUGUUCCUGCGGCUGCAUCUGUGACCAGUCCGAGUCCUGUACCGAGUUCGGGUAAUGGAACCAGCUCAGCCACAAGCCCAACCCAGCCCAUUCAAUUGAGUGACCUUCAGAACAUUUUAGCUACUAUGAAUGUGCCAUCUGGAGCAGGAGGACAGCAAGUUGACUUGGCUACUGUUCUGACUCCUGAGAUAAUGGCUCCCAUUCUAGCCAAUGCCGAAGUUCCAGAGCGGUUGAUGCCUUACCUUCCCUCAGGGGAAUCUCUGCCGCAGACAGCAGAAGAGAUUCAGAAUACCCUGACAUCUCCUCAGUUUCAGCAGGCAUUGAGCAUGUUCAGUGCUGCCCUAGCUUCUGGACAGCUUGGCCCCCUAAUGAGCCAGUUUGGCUUACCAGCAGAGGCAGUAGAUGCAGCAAAUAAAGGCGAUGUAGAAGCGUUUGCCAAAGCAAUGCAGAACAGUGUCAAGUCAGACCAAAAGGAAGGCGACUCUAAGGACAAGAAAGAUGAAGAGGAAGAUAUGAGUUUAGAUUAAGUUAUUUGCUCUUCCUUACAGAUAUUCCUAGAUACUAACUAACUUAAGCAACUGCAGUAGGAUUACUAACUUCAUAUUAUGCUUAUAUAAAUCUACAAAUAAAGGAAUUUUCUUUAUCUGCCA